AUGCCUAGUCCAGGUUGCAGCUAUUACCGAAUCAACUUUCAUCAGAGAGUACAGCGAGCCACUACUGAGCGUAUCAUUGGCUCGGAAGAGUCAGAGAUUCUCCUGGACUCCGCGAGCAAGAUCACGUCCCUUGUCGAAGAGAUAUCUGUCGAGUGGGAGACCUUCUUAUUCCCAAUGAUCUGCUUGAGACGAUUUGAAGAAACCUAUAGUCUGGCAGGAUGGGUUUUUGGUUUGUUCAUGCGAGUUGUGUACAAUUCCACACAUAUCCCUUCCCCAUUCGCGCAAAAGGAAGUUCCAAAGAGUUUCAACACCGUUUCGAGUGGGAUACAACAUGAUCCAUCUCUGGAUCAAGUCCUGGAGUCGCCAAGAGCAUUGGGACCUGUACGGAUUGCCUCUGGGAAUCAAUUCUCGCAACCGCCAGACGGUAUAGAACCGCCGCCUAGUUUAUUCACUGAUCAAACGCCCCAGACACGCCUUGUCUCUCAGGACAGUAUAACAACAACGUCAGUACCGAUUGCUCUCAGUCGAUUUGGUAAUGAACUCUUGCAUGCUCUGGAGGAGCAACCGCCGUGGAACUCUUCGGAUCUUUGCAAUGGCUAUAGCUACCGGCCGCAACAUUUCCAACCGCAAACUGGGCAAAAUGAUGGCUUUAUUGAUUCUAUGCAUUUUGAGGCCUUUCAAUACCUGGCAGACUUGGGAAUGGGCGGUUUCAGCGAUUACGGGUGGGAUAUCCCCGAUUUGCUCAACCAGGGUUAA